GUCGAACACUAUAAGAGUCACUCUGUGCGAUCUAUUCAAAUUCGAGCAUCACACUUGCCCAGCAAUGUUGAGGCUGCCCUUGCUGACAUGAAGAAUUGGAAGAUGAUAGAAUGGGAGAGGCAAAGGCUUGAUGCCAGGUGCCACGGAGAGCUUCCCUAUUUUUCGCACUGGCUCGCUCGACUACUCUGCUGCCGAGACAUGGAGGCAAUCAUGGAUAGGAACCUCCUCAAUGCUGACAACCAUUUACCAUAUAACUGUGCGGACAUUUUUGAUACAGUGACUCUUCGAGAAUUUCGAGGCCCAGAUGGACAUCCAUUCAUCUGUGGAGAGACAAAUGAGGGUCAUUAUAUCUUUAGCCUCUGUAUGGACGGAUUACAGCCUCAUGGUAGAGGCAGACUGCCAGACUCUGUUGGUACCAUCUACCUUGCAUGCUUAAAUCUACCUCCCAAUUUGCGCUACGAUCCUGACAACCUGUUCCUCGUGGGAUCAUUUCAGGCCCAACUCACCCUUCCAUGGAGGAGAUCAACCCUUUGCUAA